GGCGCAGCGCUGGCGGGGCAGGUGGCAGUGCGGAGCCAGCCCCGAGGGCGAGCGGGGCACUAGAGGGGGCAAGAGGGAGGCAGCCGCUGCAACCGCAGCGCUACCCCGGCUUGUCCCGCACGGGCCCGGCAGCGGCUGACCCGGCCCCACCGCCGCCGGUUGAAGGCUUUCCCUAGAGUCUCCGAGGUAUAAAUGAGUAAGAGCUGCAAUCAAACCAUCCAACACAUCUGUUUCAGGGUGGAGUUUUAAUGUUUUGAUGUCAGAAUGAAGAGCAGGAUACCUCUCAUUCUUCUAGCUUGUGGCUCCUUUAACCCCAUCACCAACAUGCAUAUGCGUAUAUUUGAGCUGGCUAGAGACCACCUGCACCAAACAGAUGUAACGUGGGGAGAUCGCUCAGCCUUUAUUUGAGGACUGAUCAUGUGCAUGUUCAGUUACUCAGCUGUUGGAGGAGUUCCUGAAGUCGCAAUGUAUUUGAGUGGCUGUCUGACUACAAAGAAGGUGACUGAACAUGCGGUAAAAAAAGUCUUGCCUAUUUUCCUUUUUCAUGCUUGGCAAUCUCUACAUACGUGUCAUGGGAGGAAGGUAUCGGGUGAUUGAAGGCAUAAUGUCUCCUGUUAAUGACGACUAUGGAAAGAAAGGCUUGGUUUCAGCAAAGCACCGGAUAGCAAUGGCUAAACUAGCACUGGAGACAUCUGACUGGAUUCGAGUUGAUCCAUGGGAGAGUGAGCAGGAGACAUGGACAGAGACAGUAAAAGUAUUAAGGCACCAUUACAAUGAAUCACUCAGAUUGCUCCAGUCCAGGAAGGAAUUAAUGAAAAACAAAUGGCCCAUAGAAAGAUCUACAGAGGAUUCCCUUUCUUACCACAACUCAGUUCUACCAGAAUUAAAGCUGCUCUGUGGGGCUGAUUUUCUACAGACAUUUAAGACACCCAAUCUCUGGAAGGAAGAACACAUCAAAGAAAUAGUGGAAAAGUUUGGUUUGGUCUGUAUUAGCCGUGCUGGCUCUGAUCCUGCUCAGUAUAUCAAUGAAUCAGCCCUUUUAACUAAAUUCCAGCACAAUAUCUUUCUGGUGAAAGAAUGGAUUCAGAAUGAAAUCAGUGCAACACAGAUACGCUGUGCCUUGUGCAGAGGAUUAAGUGUAAAAUACCUCGUACCAGAUUCUGUUAUAUCCUACAUUGCACAACAUAAUAUCUACACAGAAGAGAGUGAGCGGAAGAACGAAGGUGACUUGCUUCAGCCUCUUAAAUUGCAGAACACAACACUAAACCCACUAAAUGACUGAUGUCUGUGGUGUGUGAAGUGGACAGACCUGGUGUUCUUUUCAUGUAAAGUUCUUGAGAAAGUUGUUUCUUGUUAAUGAGGAGUACAUCAGUUCAAAAUUUCUUGAAUUCAUGUGGUGUUUUAAAUUCAUGGUUUUGUGUGUGGUAGUGCUUAAGCAAAUCGGGAUGCUCAGCUGCAUAGUUUAAAAUAUAUAAAGAACAGCUUCCUUAUGAAAAUAAAAGAAAUACGAUCUUAACAAUAAAUAUUAAUAUCCAGUAGUACUUAAGGGUCAAACAUCGUAUUUUCCUGAAUUGUAAUUCUGUAAUCCUACAGACAGUUUUAGCAUGAAGGCACCUUACCAUCUGAAGCAGCAAAAUAAAAUGAACUAUUACUUUUCUUUUUAUAUAUAUAUGUAUGUGUUUAAAUACGUAUUACUGCUAAACUUUGACUUUUAAGACCCAAAAUAACUUUUUGUAUUUUGGCAGUUUGGACAAGAGAUAGAAAUAAAUCUUUCUUUCAUGCAAGCACUUAAAAAUGCAUGCACCAUUCACGUCACUUUUAAGCCUCCAGAUUCUCAAAUGACAGACAGUCCUCAUCCCCAGAUUUAAAGUGGGUCUUUGCUUCUUUGAUCCAGAGUCUUCUAUAAGAGUAAGUAAUUGCCAAAGCCCUGGAGUAAAUAACAUAUCCAAGAGGAACUUCAGCUGUACCAUUUGAAGAUGCACAAUGGAAAAUAAAUGAAAAUAAGAGGCUAUCUCAGUAUUUGAGCCCUAAUGUUAGCCAGAAAAAUCCAUUCUCUUAUAUGUUGGUUGCCUAUUCUGAUGAUUCAGUCUGUCUCAUUUUUGACAGAACUAGAAACUGCUACUUCUGUGUUUCAUGUUGUUUAAAUUAACUGAAAGCAUGCAUUUAUCAACAUACAGAAUUAACCGUGGCUUCUUAAUAGAAGGUUCCACCUAGCUGGCCCAUUUUGAGCCCUCAGUUGGCCAAGCAGCUUCCACUGGUAGUUCUCUUGAAUUAAGGAGCUUGUAGAACAAGUUAAAGUAAUGCCAGACACAAAUUGCUUUCACUGAAAGAGUCUGAUUAUUUUUGUGAAAAGAAAAAUAGUACCUUCUAUGAAUAUGUACCAUAGUAGCUGGUACAUAUUCAAGGAAGAAGGAUUUGCCUCAAAAAACACACAAGAUAAGCACUUGUAUAACUUUGGCUAAUACCCUAACCUAAAGCUAUUUAAAAGGGUUUUUUUCUGAGUGGCAUGAAAAAUGAAGAGUUAUAUGGUUAAAAUGGAUCUCCAGAUAAUCAGUACCCUUACAGAAGUUAUAUGGAAGGUAAUGUUUCAUUCUGUUUAAAUCAAGUCAUCCUGCUGUCAUUAGAAAUCUCAGAGAUUCAGCCUUGUGGAAGGAUUUAAAGGCAAUACUUCAACAAUAAUCGGAUUAGAAGGACUUGCAUAGCUACACGGUCUAAAAAAGAGAUAAAAGAAACCAGAGUUCAAACUCGCCACAAAGAAAGGCAGUGAGCUGUGUGGUGCAGAAUCAACACACUGUUCUGAGACUUUGAUUUUGAGAAUUAUCUAAAGUAGGGAUGCCUGCAGAUUUCAAUGGUUACUGGAAAAUGGUCAGCAAUGACAAUUUUGAGGAGUAUCUGAAAGCACUGGGUAAGGUUCCCUUCGUGUUUCUUUAACAAAUAAUCAAUAAAUGCAACCUGUCUUAUUCUUUCAUGAA